AUGACUAGAGCAAUUAUGACUGAUCGUCCUAAUGGUGCUAAAGGAACAGAAGCCGAUACAAUUGAUGAAAGAUGGAAACCUCCUCGAACAACUAAUACAAACGGUGGUACGUCUGAUCAGUCUCCAUUUUCACCUCGUCGUAACAUACCGAAAAGUCUUGAUCGUGUCACGCGCCGGUCGUAUGCAAGUGGGGGAGUGACCAAUAACAAUUUAUCUAUUGGGACAAACGCAGGAGGAUCAACAACGACUAAUAAUAAUGAAAAAGACAUAUCAUCAUCGAAAAAAACGGAAAAAGAAAAAAGUUCAAAUCAGCAACAACAACGUCUUCAAACAACAACCGACAGUGGACGUGGAAGUGGACAAGAUUUAUGGAAGAGUACAACAAACACAUCACCAUCACCGGUACCAACUAACGCUGUGUCAGAAGCAUCACGUCGUACAAAAAAAUCGUCGCCACUCGAGCCAAUUACACCCACACAAACAUCUCUUUCUACCGUUCAACAACAACGAUUAAUUAAACCAGCCAAGGAAGAUUCACCAGCUUCACAAUCUUAUUCUGAUUCAGGAAAACCUCGUGGAACAGCAACUGGAGCGUAUUUGCGUAGUGGUGGCGCUAUUUCGAACCUGGCUGCAAUGACGAGAUCAAAUGUCUUGAAGAGUACAGAACGUCUUGAUCGAAUUGGCGACUCGCAACAAAAUUAUGAUGCCACACCGUUCAACGAGGAAAACAUGUACACAGGAGCGUCGAAUGUGGCGGCAGUUGGGAAUAAUGGACUCAGUAUUUAUAGUUCCGAACAUGGUAAACCGCCUAAAACUCCACGCUCUACAAGAGCAACAACAAGUACGCCUCAAGCCGCCAGUAGUCGAAGUGAGGCAGCACAACAAAAUUCAAGAAGAAAUUAUAGUAGUAAUAAUGGAGAUUCAAAAGGUGGCGGGGGAGUAGAUAGCGAAGCAAUCUCAAUGCCAGCAGCUACAUUUGCAAUAAAAGCAGGUCCACAAACUGUGAUGUCGCAAUGGAUGAUUUCAUUCGACGAAAAUUUAUCGGAAGUUAGUGAUAAUCAACAUAGCGCUAAAUGGGAGGAUGCUCAAGAAAAAAUUGAUCAAUCCUCCAAUCAUCAACCGCCCCCACUACUUACAACUUCUUCUGUUCCACAACAACCCACUUCACCUCCAUCCUCACUUCCUGUUCAGAAUGUUGCAACUAAUAAUCUUAUUUUAUCAAAUACAGUAAAUCAAUUGCCCUCAAAUACAGCCGGUGUAUUGAACAGUCACUCAACGCCACAAACACAUCAAACAUUUAUUAAUGGUGGUUCGAACAGUACAAGUGGAAUUUUAGCAUCAAAUCAAACAUCAUCUACUACGAACGGUAUAAGACAGCAAUAUAUACAUCGAUCCUUAUUACGUGGUGAUGAAUCUUAUGAUGGAAAAGAAAAUAAGCUGAAAGAAGUAACAACUACAAAUAUUACACGUACCGAACAGUCAGAGGGUCUUCCAUUUGAAAGUUAUCGUGAUAAUAACGGUAGUACUCAACAACACCAGCAACAACGCUCAUCUUUAGCUUCAACAACUACAACACCUGAUGGAACAACAAAUAUAUUAUUACAGCAAAAUCAUUUUGUCAAUCGGAAUAACAAUUUUAACGCAAGUAAUAAUCAGUUAAAUGACCAUUGUUUAUCUGACGAUGAAUUCGAACAACAACAUAGAACACAUAAAGAACCUUCUAAUAUCAACGAACAACAACAACAACAACAACAACAUUAUUUAAACGAUUUAUCUUCUAAUUCGCCUCCACCCCCUUCUAACCCUCCAAAUUUGCAAUUUAACUGUACGAGUGAUAAUAAUAACCAUAAUAAAACUCAGUCUCUGUUUUCCAACAUUUCUAAAUAUCCUUCAUUUAUAGAUAGUACAGUAUGUCUAUCAUCGCAAAAAUUCUUAAAUAAUGCGUCAACGAUGAUGAUGAAAUCUAAUAAUGAUUUAAUUCAGCAUUCAUGCACUAUUUCUUGUUCCCAAAACUCUGAACAUAAUAACAACGGUAAUAAUCAUAAUCAAAAUCAUUCUUCUUUUAUUACACCUAUCCAACAACAAGGACAGUAUAUUUCUAAUGGUGAAACUCGAAUUGAUAUCCGACAGCAUUCAACUAAUAUUAAUUCUCCUUCAGGACCAUUAUUAGUAAAAAAACUAGUUGAUUAUUCUGUCCGAGUAUUACCAACAGAUGAAAAUAGACCAUUAAUCACGUGUACAUCUGCCGUUCGUCCUCAUACGUCUCUAUCCACUUCAUCUUCAUCUUCUUCUUCUUUACCAUUUGAUAAUCAAAACAAUAAUGAAUCAUUUAAACCUGUGACCAGUAAUCGAUUAACAAAUUAUUUUGUUCCAGCACCCUUUGGCGGCACGCGUUUGAUUAUAAAUCAUGCAAAAUCAACUGAACAUUUAGAUCAUAAAAAUAUUAUAUAUCAUUCAAAGAAUCAACAAUAUUUUCCAAAUGAUAGUCUAAUUAAUUAUUCAACAUUCAUUGAACAACAACAGACUUUACCUAUCGAUAAUAAUUCUCCAACAUCGAUAUUAAAAAAUCAUUUUAUUUUACGACAUUCACAAUCAGCACAACAACAAUAUUACGGAAAUUCCAAAGAAGAAAAUGACAAUAGAGACGAUGACGAAGAAGAGAAAGAGAAAAAUAUUCUAAACAAUAACAACAAUUAUAGUUAUACUAAUCGACUAGAAAAUUUGCACAUGAAUGGAAACGAUACUGCUAUAACAACGACGAAUUUAAAUAAUAAUAACAAUAUUACUAAUAUGAACGUUAGUAUGUCUUUGCACGAUUUUGAUAAUCGAAAUAGUUCGGCUCCAAAUCAACCGAUGAAAACGUUUGAUCCUGUUAUAACUUCGUCGUCUCAUCGUGGUGAUGAUUUUUAUAAAAAAUUAAUGUUUUACGAAAAAAACUCAUUGACACCGUCCUCAACUGGCGGUAGCGUUUUAAAUGGCGGUUAUCAUUAUUCUUAUACUACAGCGCCAUCUUCAACCGUAAACACUACUACACCAACAAGUUUUAGUACUGCAACAACGUCGUCUAGACGAUCAUCAAUUCAGCCGGUCACCAACACGCCCAUUUUAUCGUCAUCCUUUGCCUCGAAUAAAUUAUUAAAUGGAAUUAUUAAUAAAGGUGGAUCAAUUAUAUCGAGUAAAAUCGAUAAUAAAACAGUGAAACCCACAGCCAUCACAAAUACAAGUCAAAGAAUGUUAUCUGAACAACAACAACAACGUCUACAUUCUAUGUCACGAAGUAAAUCUUAUAAAGAUUUAUUAGAUGUUCCCAUAACUCAAAUAUCACAAUUUCCAAAUCCCACAAAUAUCUAUCAAUCUUAUCAUAGUGCGAAUCAACCGAGUUAUUCAAUGGCAAAUACAUCAAAUUCACCGUUGAACGUAAUAUCAUCCAAUUCUAAUACUCGCAGUAAUAAUGUAAAUACAAAUAAUAAUAAUUCGAAUCAUUUGUUUCCAUAUUACUCAUCAUCGUUUUACUAUAAUAAGCUAGACAAUGGUCCUAGCAGUGAGAUGUUGCAACGUUCAAUCGGUAGUAUGCUAGGAAGUGCAACAAACUCAAACGGAAUUGUUCAAUCAAAUAAUGAUCAACAACAACCAUCAGGACUCACAGAAUCAAAUCGUCGACAACAAGCAUUUUCGUCAAAUGUACUGGAUGAUGCAUCCUCUUCAAGUCUCCUUAGUCACACUCCAAAACCCCCGCCGAAUCCACCAUCGACAUCAAUUCAAAAUGCAAGACGCCGUCGUUACAAAGUCGAUAGUCGUCUUAAAGACAGCAGUCGUGAAGGCUCUAUUGAACGAUCACCAGUUAUUUAG